AUGUCGUUUGUUUCACUGGUUAAUGAAUGGCAAGAUUACAGUUACAGCCAGCCAUCUUCAUCAUCAAACUUUGUAGACAUAACCUCCCUCAUUGAAGCAGAAGCUCAGCUGUACGCGGAUGAAGCUGAGAGUAGCCACUUCAAUGCAGAGCCGCUUCAGUACCAACCGCAACCAGAGUGUGAUGAUGGAAUCCCUAGAACCUGCUACUGUGGUGCGGAGCCAGUUGUGGGCUACUCUACAACUCGUAAAGACCCAUACAGACGUUACUUUACGUGCAACAAUACUGAAGAUGGUGACUGCCACGUUUGGAAAUGGUGGGACGUGGCAGUGAUAGACGAGAUGAGGGACAUUCAGCGGGAGCUUAGGCAGCUUAAGGGUGCACUUAACGAGAGUGAGCAGAAGGUUGUUAUCCUCGAGAAGACAGUAUCCGAGUUUUCAAAGAAGAAACCAGGAGUGAAGCUAAUGGUCUCUACCUUAGUUUUAAUAGAGUUGGUGUUACUUAUUCUACUUGGAAUAUUAGGCAAGGCUUCAAAGGAGAGUGGCGGACGUCGCUUGUUUCUGAAUCAAGUCCUCCAUUCUUGCAAGCAGAGGUGGUCUCGGAUUAACGACCACGUUGCAAAGUUUUGUGGUUGCUAUGAUCGUGCUCUUCGGCAGCAAAGAAGUGGUCAGAAUGAUGACGAUGUGAUGAAGGCUGCUUUAGAUUCUUUCUUCAAUAUUAUGAACAUAAAGUUCAUCAUGGAUCACUGCUGGAGGGAGCUGAGGUAUGACCAGAAAUGGUGCUCACUGGUUCAGGGUAAGGACACUGUUAAGGAGAAGCGCAAAGUGGUGGACCUCGAUGGAGAAGAAGCGCCUGUGGGAGAAGAAGAGGCUAGACCUCCCGGGGUGAAGGCUGCGAAAGCUGCUCUUAAGAAGAAGAAGAAUGGCAGAGAGGAGGAGUUGUCAAACUUACAUGGCGUUUUACAAAUCAAAGAAAAACUCUCAAGGCAAAAGCUUCUUGAUCGUUUAUUCGCGAAAAAAGAGCCUCUAACUGAGAUGGAAACUACGUUAAAACUCAAACUAAUGUCUGAAUUGCUUUGA